GAUCCCUGUCGCGGCGGCGCCAUCUCCUAGCAAGUAGAAAGAAGCCAUGGACGAACCUGGGGCGUCUAACUCUGUAACCAAAUCUCCAGUCGAAACUGAUGGCAUCGAUGUCGCCAGCAGCAGCAUGGAGUCGGGCGGGGAACGCCAAGGCGAAACCGCGACGAUUGAAGCUCCAUCGUGUUCGCGCUCUGGCGCGCCACCCCCGGGUUAUAUGCUGGUGACGGUGCAGCUGCUGGGGCAAAGCACACCAGUUGUAAUUGACCUGCCAAUUGAGGUGUUGCCCUGCCAUACCUUUGCGGACGUAUGCGAGGCAGCUCUGGCCCGGGCACCAGACACCCCCCCAAACGACUAUCGCAUGCGGGCCUACCUCCUCCUCCACAGCCAGCUGGCAGUACCCCUGCAGGACCCGCACACCCCCGCCCGACCCACUCUCAGAACCUUCCCCGGGGCCACUCGGUUACGGUACGACAUACUGCCCGGCACGGGGGAUGACUCAGCAGCGGCGGCGGCGGCGGGGGUUCGUACGGCACGUGUGGCGCCGCGGCGGCAGCGGCAGCGGUGG